AUGUCUGGGAAGGCGCGGCCCAUUCCGGUUCCCGACCUGCCCACAUGGGAUGCGGCAAAUCUCCGGACACCCGCUCAUUGUUGCUUUGGUUUGUGUUUUCCCUUCGCCUGGUUCCAAUCUGUUCUUUUUUGCCCGCCUGGCCCGUUCUUUUUACGUUGGUAA